CACUGGUUAAAAAAUCCGCCAAAUUGUCAAAAUGUCGGUCAAUGCACAAGUGCAAUUUCCAAAAAAUGAAAACAAUUUAAAAGGUGAUAAAUCCACGAAACCCUUGUUUCCGAAACCUGCAGACUGUUCUUAUGUGUCUUGUUAUUGCGAGGAAAACGUGUGGAAGCUUUGCCAGGAUGUGUCUAUAAGGAUUCCAGGAGAACUGGAUAGAUGUUUCGUCGUUUUUAUUUCUAAUCCAUGUCGCACUGUACCACUAUGGAAACAAAGGGCAGGGCGAGAGGAGGAUCGGCUCGUAAUAUGGGACUAUCAUGUGAUAUUUCUAUACGCCUUAGACUCCAAAUCGUGUUUGGUUUACGAUCUGGACUCAGAACUGCCUUUCCCGACGUUCUUCCACAAAUAUGUAACAGAAACUUUCCGGACUGACCAAGUAUUGAAAUCCGAUUUUCAUAGAUUCUUCCGAGUUGUAUCAGCUAAGCAAUUUCUUCAACAUUUUGCAUCGGACAGACGUCAUAUGAAGAGACCAGACGGCACAUGGAUAAAGCCACCUCCAGCAUAUCCAGCUAUUUGUACAUCAACCUCAACACAUAAUUUGGAUGAAUACAUCAAUAUGGAUACUGGAACCGGUCCAGGCCAGGUAUUUAAUUUAACUGAUUUUGUACAACGAUUCUAUAAAAUUGAAAAGUAGUAAACUACUCAGUUUACAACCAGUAGGUAGUCAAAUAUUGCUAAUCUAUAAUUAUGACUUUAAUUGAUUGUUACAAAAUUAUGAUUCAGUUAAAAUAUUUU